AUGUUCUUAGACGAAUGGUCAUUUCCGCAGAUUUCGAAUCUUGGACCGAUGGAAUCCAUGGAUAAGUUCACGCUGUAUUUACUUCCUCACACGACAUUAUUGCGCAGUGACUGCGUCACGAUCCGCGCGGGAGAAGACGAUAGCAAAUUCACCGUUCACGAAGCCCUUCUUUCAAAGUCUGGCUCGCCGUCGCUUCAGAAACUAGUGGAGCCGGGCUGGAAGGAAUCAUCAGAAGGAUGCAUUGACUGGAGGCACACAAGUUCCCAGACUGUUGAACGGAUCCUGACUUGGCUUUAUCUUCGCGACUACCAAAGUCCAGAUCCUGUACCUCGAGAAAUUGGACCAGAGCCAGUGGCAGAUGUCGUCCUGGAAGAGCCACAGCCUGAAGUGGAACCUCCAGAACCUGCAGAACCUGACCUUCUCGAAGCCGAGGAUCCAGAACUCCAACACGCGAUAUUCAAGUCAUGUAGCAUUCGUCCACUGACUCCACUGGGCAAGUGUGCUGGAGUCCCCCCCGUCGUGACUGCGCAUAAAACUGCCGCCGGAGUGUUUGAGGGUCUGGAAUUUCCUCACAAGGAUUUCUCCUAUUGGGAACCACUGCUCACCCAUUUGGACGUAUACAGUUUCGCAAAGUAUCACCUGCUCUCCGAGCUGCAGGAAAUCGCCCUCCAGCGAUCAAUCAUUACGCUGAGGAAAAUGGAUUGCACGGUGGAGUUUGCCGAGCAGGAAGUCUCCAAAGCCGUUGAAUUUGUCUAUGCCAACAUUCCCGCCGAUCGAGGCAACGAAGAACCUAUGAGGAAGCUCUUGUCGCAGUUUGCAGCUAUAAAUUACACCUCCCUCAUGCACGGCAGCUUCGAGGCGCUUAUUACUCGUGGCGGUGAUUUCGCACUUGAUCUAGCACGAAAAUUAUCGCGUCGCCUUCUUGCGCGAGACUCGGAUGCAUUGGUGCAAGACGAGCUAGAAGACCGCAUACGAAAUCUUGAGGCCCAGCUGCAGGAGCGCGAUCGAGAAAUCCAGAAGCUGAAUGGAAGUCUAAACAAUGCAUCAGACUGGGACUGGGGCAUCAGCAAGAAAGGAAAGCGGCGUUGA